AUAUAGUCUCUGGACCCGGAAGCGGCGAGUUGCUAGCUGUCAGAAUGGCAGGAUCCGUGCUGCCGAGGUCUCUGCUCCGUGCUGUGAAUGAGCUGCUCAAGAAGAAGAGAUACCGAGCGGCUCUGGCAGUCAUCAAGGGUUUCCGCAAUGGAGUCGUAUAUGGCGUUAAAAUCCGGGCCCCUCAUGCGCUGGUGAUGACAUUCCUGUUUAAAACUGGAAGUUUAAAAGAGAAGUUGAAAGCCAUCUUCCAGGCGACAUACCUGCAUUCCCGGAAUCUGGCUUGUUUCGUCUUCACCUAUAAGAGUCUUUUAGCUGCUCAAGAAAAAAUCCAUGGAAGCAAAUGGCAGUUUCACUCCUUCCUGGCCGCUUGUGUAGGGGGGUGGCUGGUGUUCGGAGAGAAUAAUCACAUCAAUAGUCAGAUAAAUAUGUACCUGUUAUCCCGUGUUCUCUUUGGUCUGUCAAGACUGGCGGUUGAGAAGGGGUACAUCCCUGAACCUAAACGUGAUGUGUUUCCAGUCUUUGGUGCCUUAGUGUGGGGUGUUGUGCUCUGGCUGUUUGAAUACCACAGGCACACUCUCCAGCCAUCUUUGCAGUCCUCCAUGUCUUAUCUGUAUGACGACAGCAACAUCUGGCAUGACAUCUCUGACUUCCUGAUAUACAACAAACCCAAGCCUGCAAAAUAAGGUGUCGUCGGAAGCCCUCAGAAUGCAAACCUCACGGACUGGACCUGUGAAUAGCAAGGAUUGUAGCAGUAGACAUCGUUUUCUUGAUUGACACUGAUUUGGCAGCAUGGUAUGGCAUUGGUCAUGUGUAAUAAAAUUCCUAUAAUCUGUUAUGGCAGGAACUAGAAGUUACUGGAUUAUGGGAUGUAGCACAGGUGAAGGGCCAGAAGACAAACCAGAAGGGACCUGGGCAAGAGUUUCAGUGAAGAAAUAUAUUCCCCUCCGUCCUCUCCGCCUGUCUUUAGGCCCUUCUCUUGAGGUUUGAGUCUCCUCUUUGCCUUAUUUCUGCUGCAUUGGCAGCAUGAAGUGUUCUCAGGAUCAGUGCAUCUCACAAUCUCUUGCUGAUCUGUCAUAGGGAUUAUUUUUGCCCAGUCUCAGAUUACCAGACAUUCUACACAAAUCAGCCUUUGCCCUAUUAUAAGAACCGCUAGUCAUGACUUACACGUUGUAAAACUAAGUAUUUGGAUUAAUAGUUUCUGUAACAUCACUGCAGUAUUUCCUGCUGAUCUCUAUGUUGGUAAAUGAUUCCCAACACGUGCAGAUCCGGAUUGUCCGCUAUCGGAGAGGUACAGCGCAAUACCCCGCACUUAAUUCCAGAAAUUUUUAUGCCUAAUGUCAUUUGUUUGUGAUCUGAUAAUUGAUUAAUAGCAUUCAUCUGUACAUAUGGCAGCCGGAGUGAGGACGCGUUACCUGCACAGAAUGUACUGCCCCACCAUCAUCUGUUAUAUACAUUGCACAGGGUUAUACUGUUCUGUCUAUAUAGUCAUGGGUAGGACACCUGUGUGUACUGCGCUAAAAUAUACCCUGAACUAAAAAAUAUUCAAGUACCCUAAUUAUUAAUAGAGUAUUCUGAACUUUGGAAUUUAUGGAGUAUCCGUAGGAUAUGUGGGAUUCCGGCCAUGGGACAACCACCCCCCAGGAGAAUAUGGGUUUAUGAGAACUGAGCAGACAGACAAAACUAUGUGAACUAAGCAAAUAAACUUUCAUAGACUUUAAA